GUGUUGCUUGUGUGUGUUCGUGGAGGACGUUGGACUUGUAUUGGACUGAGACCUGAGAAAACAGACAAACUGUAUAUUUAAUUCUGUUUCAACCUAGAGGGAGACUAAUGUAUUUAUCUCAUUUUCAUGCGGCUCUUUGCUAGCCGACUUUUGUAUGUAUUUGCGCGCCUAAAAUGUGUCGUUAGAUGUUGAAGGCGAUCUGUUUGUGACAGCUGAAAGUGGACAGUCGUUUUUUUUUUAUUUAUUACGUUUUGGAUGAAGUCAGGGCAGAAGACGGGAGGCGGCCAUGGGAGGCUCUGACGUCCGACUGUGGACGCUGUCAGCUGGGAUGCAAAGUGAGCCCGAGCCGCGCCGUUGGACGCCAUGAAAGCGGAACCAAAGUGCACCUGACUUGUUUCAGAAGUGUCCCCCGCCAUGUACUCAUCCUCCUCGGCCAGGAAGCUGACGCUGUGUGAGGCCCUGACCUUUGUCUUGCUGCUUGUUGCUCCCGUCUGCCUGUCCUCUCUGCAAAACGCCCCCUGGAUGUCUGGUGCCCAAUUUGGAGAUCCAAAGGAGCUCCGCCCGGUGGCGUUGGGCGAGGCUCCAUUUGGGAUCCGUCUCUACGACAGUCGCCCGGACGGAAGACCACCCGUGUCGGAGAAAAUGCUGAACCAGGCCUCCCGGGUUUCUGCGUGGGGUCCUUACAGCGAAGCCUCGUUGGGCCGUCCGGCACGACCCCGACGCCAACUGCACUUUAGGAACGAUUGGGCAAGCUGGAGUGGCUGGUCUGUGUGCUCGCGAAGUUGUGGGGGUGGUGCUUCUGUGCGUACACGAACCUGCGUCACCAGAAACCCAGUGGGUGGACCAUGUGCAGGGGAUCCCAGACAAUACAAGAUCUGCAACACCAAGGAGUGCCCUCCAGGCUCAGAAGACUUCCGAGAGAUGCAGUGUGCUGCUUUCAAUGGCAGACAGUUGGUGGCAGGAAACUCAUUCAGAUGGAAAACCUUUCAUGGAGGCGCCAACCCCUGUGAGCUCAGCUGCUUGGCCUUGGGUCAUAACUUCUACUACAACUUUGGUCGUGUGCUCGAUGGCACCGCCUGCGACAAAGAGCCUGGAGCUGUGUGUGUCAACGGACGCUGUCUGAAGCCUGGCUGUGACUCCAUCUUGGGUUCCAAGCAGCAGGAAGACGCCUGCAUGGUCUGUGGAGGGAAAAACACCACCUGCCUUCAUCACAGGAGUGUUUACCAGAGCAACGGCCUGGAGGCAGGUGGACCUUUUGGAUACAAUGAAGUAGCCAAGAUACCAGCUGGAGCCACUCACAUCCGAGUCACGGAAAACAGCAGGAAUUAUCUCGCUCUCCAGAAUGGUCGUGCCCAGUUUGUCAUCAACGGUAACUGGAAAAUCAGCAUCCCGGGGGAAUACAGUGUGGCUGGCACCAAACUUCUGUAUCGGCGGUCAGCUGACACCUGGGAGAGCUUUGAAGUCCCAGGUCCAACCCAGGAAGAUUUACGUCUAAUGGUUUUGGCCACAGACAAAAACCCAGGGAUUGAGUACGAGUACUGGUUACCGCCAGACCAGUACGACCUCCACCAUGGGAGGAGAAGCCCACUACGUCAGACUCACCUCUCUGCCAGCUACCUACCCCGGGAACAACUAACCACCACGACAACAACUACCACGACUAUCACUACUCGGCCUCCCCAAGUCACCACACGUCCCAACUGGUCAGCAUUCAGAAGGCCUGUGAAGGCACCACGCCAACCUUCCCACGCCAUCCUGCCUCGCCUGGAACGAGAGGAGAGCCACAGGAACCUCCUACCUCAGCCCUCGCCUGGAAAGAAUUGUGGGAAAUGUCGACGAGUUAAAGGUCGAAGAGAGCGCCAGAAGCAGUAUUGCCAGAAAGAUUUUGUUUUCCGUGCCAGAGUCCUGGGGAAGCUCUACAGAGGAGUGGAGACGCGUUACGACGUCCAGAUCCUUCACACAUACCGUAACAGCUUCCGCCUGGAGCACCGGGAGUUCCUGUGGGCCCCCAGCGUGUGCGACUGCCCCCACCUGGAGCUAGGCAAGCAGUACAUACUGAUGGUGCGCCGACACGUCAACUACGAGCGUACGCUGAACCGCAUCCUGCUGGAGGAGGACAGCUACGUGGUGCCGUACAGACCCCGGGAGGACCAACUGCUGCGGCCCCUGGAGACACUGUGCAGCAACGCGGGACGUACACGUCCUGGGACUUCACACCCGGCUUAGAGGGCUUCGGCCUUUGCCGAGCAGGACCUUCAUUAUCUGCUGCCGCUGAAGGGAAACCACACGUGGACGAAGUUCUCCACCCACAGAAACCAAAGAGACUCCAUGUUUAUUUAAAGGCCUGCAUGGCUGACUGUGUAACAUUAAGAGCACUUUAGGUGAGGCCUGCUCUGCUGCCACCUGCAAACCUUUGCCAAAGAGCAUUGAUUCAAAAAUGCUGGUUUGAUAAAUACAGGUAAAAGCCAGUAAAUUAGAAUAUUUUGAAAAACUUGAUUUAUUUCAGUAAUU